GAAAGGUUCUUAAGUGACAAUGUCCUUCACCUUUGUAAAUAGAAUUGUUUUUUUAUGUGUCUACAUUAUUUACCUGCUGACAUUUCUUAUUGUCUCUGAAGUCACACAGCCAGAUGACGGGGCAGCUAUGAGUUUAACUGCAGCACUCAGAGGAUUUUUUAUCGUUCUGCUUUCUGUGUCAGUGGUACAGAGUCAGAAUGGAUGGGGAGUGACUUACACUUCUACUCAGAUCUGUGCUGUAAAAGGAUCAUCAGUGGAGAUACACUGCACCUACACAUACCCACCCAGAAUAAAUAAUGAAAUUAUUGAAAUUCAGAAGAGAUUAUGGUUUACUAAAUUGCAACAAGAUGUACCUGUGGAUCUAAAAACUGACCCAAACUAUGACGCUCGAGUGGAGUAUCAUUUUUUUCAGAACAACAGCACUCUGAGAAUCACAGACCUGAGGGAGAGCGACUCAGCUCAAUACAAGUUCAGGUUUGAGACAAACAGUCGUAUUGGACGUUAUACUGGCACUCCUGGAGUCACUUUGCUUGUUACAGAUGCUCCAAUACGCCCCUCUGUGUCAGUGACUCUCUCGGGUGAGAUAGUGGAGGGCAGCUCUGUGACUCUGACCUGUAGCAGUGAUGCUAACCCAGCAGCUAGUUACACCUGGUACAAGCAGAAUGAUCAGAAACCUCUCAGUAAAGACUCCCAGCUCAUCUUCAGCUCCAUUCAGUCUUCUGAUGCUGGAGAGUAUUACUGCAUAGCUGUAAAUGACCUGGGGACAAAAAGGACUGGACACAAUAUCAUCAUUGUGAAUUUGUUCUCGUAUCUGCUGGAUGCAUGAGAUGAAGGUGAUGAAGGAGCAUCAAAGAGUGUCCGGAGGAAGAGGAAUAACAUUGCCAGAGAGCUAAAAAUGAACCUGAGUGAACUACUCAUGUGCAUGUUUAUGUUAAUGGACAAACUGUCAGAAACAGAUUGCAUCAGGGUGGAGCUGGAAAUCCUUUAGUCAGACGUGUAAUCACAGCCUAGCACUGUGCAGAUGAACUGGCAUUAAUAAGAUAACACCAGAACUGGCAGGUCCACCACUCGUGAUAAGAACAGACAAGAAUUCACACUGAGCACAUGUGACAGAGAUUGGAUUUGCUUGCAAUUUUUAUGUAAAAUAUUUGCUCCCUUCUUGAUUUCUUAGUUUUUUGCAUAUUUGCCACACUUGUUUGUUUGAGGUCAUCAAACACAUUUUACAAUUAGACAAAUGCAAAACGCAGUGUUUAAAUGGUGUUUUAAUUGAUUUAAUUUCAUUUAUUAAGGGAAAAGGCUAUCCAAACCUGUUCUUUUUAAGUGAAAUCUUUAUUCAAAAGUUCUAGAAGUGUGAUGAAUUAGCAACAUUUUUAAAAAGAAAUCUGUAAGUGCG